AGCUGGAAUACUCGAUCGUCGUCAUCCUCCUUCUGACGUCGUUCAGCACAAGAAUAUACUCCAAUUUCAUUGUUUCACUUUCACCACAAGAAUCAAUAACGCAAUCGAUUAAUUUGGUUUUCCCUUCUUUUUUUUUAAUUAAAUAUUUUGAUUCAUCAAUUUUUCUUUUUACCUGAAUUCCGUGGGUCUCCCGUUAAGCUCCUCAGCUCCUUGUGCCUGACGCCAUCCUUGGACCGGCUGCCGGCUCCGAUCGUCUGACGUUCUCCAGGGAUACUUAGAUUUGAUUGGAGCUGGUAGAUGGCUUGGAAUCAGAAGAUUAAUAUAACAAGGCGGCAAGCACCCUCGUUGACUGAUCUGUGUGUUCAGGUUGCCGUUGUUAACAUUAGAUAUCUUGGAAAUGUUGGAGAAACAGAUUUUCAUCUUCUGGAGCGUAUUCUGCCCCAUUGCAAUAUGGAUCAACUAAUACAUGUUGAGGAUUGUACAGAAGGAAGGGAUCUUUCACCAGUAACAAACAAAUUGUGGAAAAAAUUCUAUGAGCGACGGUUUGGUGUUGACAAUGUUGCUCUUGUGGUGGAGAGAAUGAAAAAAAGGAAGGUUUCAUUUACAUGGAGACAAUUGUAUGAGGCAAAAUUAAAGGAUAUAGAAGAGCAGGAAACCAAGAUAGUUGAGCGAAUGAAACAACGUUAUGAAAAUGCCGCUGCUGACAAGCAAAAGAGGCAAGUUCAGAUAUGCAUGAAAGUACCUCCUUCAAGCGGUAAAAGAAGUUACUUCGGAGGUUCUUACAGCAGUGUUUGCAACACCAAAAGCAACAUAAUGAAGAAGGCCAAAUUGGAUUUCAUAAACAGGUGCGACUUUUUCAGGAGAUUGUUAGUAUGUUAUGGUAUCAUAUUUCAUUUAUCAAGCAAAUGAACAAUUUUCUUUCUCUGUCUUGAUUCAUUGUAAUAGCCGAGAGGUCAAGAACAGAGCAGCAGCGAAGAAAGCAGUACAAAGAAAUCCUAGGUAUUCGUCGUUCUUGAGAGUAUAUAGCUAGCAUAACGUUCUCUUUCUUUUUCUUUUUUUUUUCUGUGAAAAAAUAACUUCUGUUUAACUUCCGUAAUCUUACUUCUUGUGAUGCAGUUUGUCCUUUGCCCGGAAACCCAGUGAAUUUUCAAGUCCUGCUUCUUCUUCGAAAUCCAAUCUACCUCCACCGCGAAAGAGAUUCUAAAAGGCCGCUGUAUUUUGGGUACCUUGCCGAAUUGACUGGCAUGGUGUUAGAAUGUGAUUGCACCUUGCAAAACAAAUGUUGUAUAUUAAUGAAUUUCCUGAAGUGGUUGCAAAUUUUUUCCCCCCUUUGUAUGUUAUGGCAUUCUUCUUUUGAUCACAUAAAUAGGUCUCCAUUCUGCACUGUGAUGGAUGUACCAUUUUCUACCUUCAAGGAAAACCAAGUGACUGGGUUUGAAUUAACCAAGUGCAGUGAAGCACAGUGCAGUGACCUUGAAGCCUGAAGCACAGUGCAGUGACCUUG